AUGGACCUGAAAUCCAAUUCCAAUGCAGAUUCGUGCAUGAUAGAGGAUAAGCUUAUGCCUGAGGAAUAUGAGAUUUCAUCUGGGCAACGUGUCAAUGGUUAUGUAUAUAAAGUGGAUGGUGAAUGGGCCUCGUUAACAAUGUCUCGGCGGUUGAAGGCAAAGCUUUUUGUUCUUGACAGUGCUUGUGAACCCAGUGAGCUUCAAGAAUUCCAAAAACGUUUCUAUGUUGGGAAGGCUGUGACUGGUCAUGUUUUGAACUAUAACAAGGAGAAAGCAUCAUUGCGUUUGGUGCUACAUCCAUUAUGUGCAGCCUCUCAAACUCUUGUUGAUGGGGAAGCUCCAAAUAUGGCUGACGUACAGAGUAAUGCUCCCGUGGACAGUAUUACUGCUCAUUUUCAGAAAGGAGAUAUUGUGGGUGGUAGAAUUUCCAAGAUACUUCCAGGUGUUGGUGGAUUGCUUGUGCAAAUUGGUCCUCACAUACAUGGCAGGGUUCAUUUUACUGAACUCCAAGACUUAUUGGUUCCUGACCCGUUAUCUGGAUACCAAGAAGGGCAAUUUGUCAAAUCCAAGGUCCUAGAGAUAAGCCAUUCAGUCAAGGGUACCAUUCACAUUGAUUUGUCAUUUCGUUUAUCUUUGAAUGGCAUGCUUGGUCAAAAUUCAGCAGAGCUCUCAAAUAAUCAGGAUGCUCCUAGCAAACAUGUGGAUAAGAUUGAGGAUCUUCAACCAGGCAUGUUUGUACAGGGAUAUGUUAAGAAUGUUUCGUCAAAAGGAUGUUUCAUUUUGCUUUCAAGGAAGCUUGAUGCAAAAAUUCUCCUUUCAAAUCUGUCUGAGGGAUUUGUAGACGAUCUUGAAAAAGAGUUCCCCAUUGGAAAACUGGUAACUGGCAGGGUACUAUCUGUGGAGCUUCUAUCAAAGCGAAUUGAAGUUACCUUGAAGAAAUUGAGUGCAAGCAGUGCGUCAAAAUCUGAAAUCAGUGAUCUGAGUCGCCUACGUGUUGGGGAGAUAAUUUCAGGCAGGAUUAAACGGGUGGAAUCAUAUGGAUUGUUUAUCGCAAUUGACCACACAAAUUUGGUUGGAUUAUGUCAUAUGUCACAGCUUCCGGAUAAUCAUAUUGGCAACAUUGAAUUGAAAUAUAGAGCAGGGGAGAAGGUUACAGCAAAGAUUUUGAAGGUGGAUGAGGAAAGACGCCGAAUCUCUCUUGGAAUGAAGGAUUUAGAUGUUCAGGAUGAUAUGCACUCUUCAAAAGAAGAAUCUGAUGAAGAAAUGAGUGAAAAUGGUUCUAUGGAUGACACAAAUGCUUUGAAAAUGUUUCCAGAGAGCAGUUUGCUUGGUAUCCAAAACAUGGAUGUUGAAUGCGAGAAUGAACAUUCAAUUCUUGCACAAGCAGAAUCCAGGGCCUCUAUUCCUCCGCUUGAGGUCACCCUUGAUGACACGGAGCACUCUCAACCAAAUGAUUGCGUUGGUCGAAAUCGGCAUAUUGAUGAGGCAGACACUAUAGUUAAGAAAAAGAAACAGGAAAAGCAGAAACCAAAGAAAUUGAGUGAGCAUGAAAUUAGUGCUGCUGAAGAGAGACGGCUUGAGGAAGAUGAACCUAGGACUGCCGAUGAAUUUGAGAUGGUGAUUCGAAGCUCUCCUAAUAACAGUUUUCUUUGGAUAGAGUACAUGCGCUUCAUGCUGUCUUUGGCUGAUAUUGAGAAGGCUCGCUCGAUUGCUGAAAGGGCUUUGAGUACAAUUAAUAUUCGGGAAGAGAAUGAGAAGCUAAACAUUUGGGUGGCUUACUUCAACUUGGAAAAUGAAUAUGGAAAUCCCCCAGAGGAAGCUGUUAAGAAAGUAUUUCAGAGAGCAUUGCAAUAUUGUGAUCCAAAGAAGCUCCAUUUGGCACUCUUGAAAAUGUAUAAGAAGACUAAUCAGAAUAAAUUGGUUGAUGAGCUUCUUGACAAAAUGAUCAAGAAGUUCAAGCAUUCAUGCAAGGUUUGGUUGAAACGGGUAAAGUGGCUUCUGAAGCAAAAGCAAGAUGGGGUUCAGUCUGUUGUACAACGUGCUCUAUUAAGCCUCCCUCGCCAUAAGCAUAUCAAGUUCGUCUCGCAAACAGCUAUCCGUGAGUUCAAAUGUGGGGUUGCUGAUAGAGGGAGAACCCUGUUUGAAGAAAUUUUACGAGAAUACCCGAAGAGAACAGACUUGUGGAGUGUUUAUCUUGAUCAAGAAAUCAAACUUGGAGAUGUGGAUGUGAUUCGUGCACUUUUUGAGAGGGCAAUCAGUCUGAGCCUCCCACCUAAAAAGAUGAAAUUUUUAUUCAAGAAAUAUCUCGAGUAUGAGAAGUCUCUUGGUGAUGAGAAACUGAUUGAGUCUGUGAAACAAAAGGCGAUGGAAUAUGUUCAGAAUACUCUGGCCUGA